GUGUUUUUCUUUGUGCGUGCAGGCAGCCUAGGACAGAGGGAGGCAAUCUCCUCAGUGUCAGGAAAUGAACGGAUGGGAGAUAAAGUUAAUUUUAUGUUAGAUUCUUGUCCUUGUCUGUUAAUAACACUCCCAAACAGAUAUCUAAGUUAUGCAUUUUAUUCUGUCGCUAUUGAUUGUCAUUAUCCAGAAAAUGACCUCUGGUCGAAACAAUAAUGUGGCGCGUUUAUCUUUGAUACGAGCACCACACCAGAUUUCCAGUCUGCCGGACAGCUGAGAAGAGAAGCGCCAGCAGAGAUUCAUGAAGAAAUGAAGAGGCAUUCAGCGUUGACUCCAGGAUGGGUGAAGACUCCUCUCACGCCGAGCGAAGCACAGCCACCUUACCUAGGGAGGAAAGCACCCCGACACCACCAGCUCCAGAUGCUCAGGAUCUCCUCAUUCCGAGCUUCAGUCACGGCUCAGUGCCCUCUUCCCCCGUCCACACCCUUUCCCGCCUGGGCUCCAAGUCCCCGGCCAGCCCCACGACCCCUGGCAGCCAGGUAAGCGCCAUCACGGUGAUGGCUCUGCUCGACAAGCUGGUGGUGAUGAUCGAGUCGGUGCAGGAGAACCAGCGGAAGAUGGAGAAGAAGCAGGCCGAGCUGGAGGCGGCAGUGAGGAUGGUGCAGGGUGAUGUGACCCGGCUCGCCAAGAACCACAUGUCCACAGCCAACAGCGUGGCCAAGCUGCUGGAGCGCUCGCGCAAAACUGGCCUCAAUGUGAAGGAGGUGAGGGAGCGCCUGGAUAGACAGAGCAGCCAGGUGAAGCGUCUGGAGGCCAACCAUGCCCAUCUGCUCAAGAGGAACCACUUUAAAGUGAUCAUCUUUCAGGAGGACAAUGAAAUCCCCUCCACUCUGCUUACUACAGAUGGCCUGGCCUCCACCUCUCAGGAUGAGAUCAGUCCAUCUGCACCAACUCCGCUCACUGAUUUAAACCGUUCUCAAGAUGAAGGCCUGCAGACCAUCAGCCUCUCCUCCGAUGACGACGAAGAAAAAGGAGCAACGAGUCCUCUGGCAGAGGGUGGUGAUGAUUCGCUAGAUCUGCAUGAAGAGAAAUUCCCAGGCUUGGGAAGCGAACGUCUGGAGCGCUCUCGUGCUGACAAGUUCAAGCGCUCCAGUCUGAAGAAGGUGGAUAGUCUAAAAAAGGCCUUCUCACGAAGCAGCAUUGAGAAGAAGAUCAACAAGAUUGUGCCUCCAGAACAGCGUGAGAAGAUCAAGAAAAGCUUCAUCCCCAACCACCCAAAGAGCUCCUCUUCCAAGAGCUCGACCUUCAAUGUCAAGAAGGUACGAGAUGGAGAUGCUGACUCCUCCCAGCAGCCUGGGAGCUCACAGAGGAACCUCAGCCCAGUGGAUGUUCCCAACAUUGGGGGACCUGAUGGUGAGCUGCCCCUGGCUGAGUUACACUCCUCAGGUGAGAAAACAAAUGGAGACGAUCUUCGCAGCCCCUCCACCCCGGGCAGCGGGGAUGGAGAGGUGUUCAUCACAGAUGAGGGUGGAGAUCUCGAGAACGGUCCAUCUGCAACUCUGGCUGAAGAGGAAGUGGAUAAAGAUGAUGAAGACAGUGAUGGUAAUGAUGAAAACGGGAAGGAGGAAGAGGAGGAGAAAGAUAAGAGACCUGCAGAAGCGUCCGUGUCUCCGCCGUCGACUGCAGCUACUGUUGAGCUGCCUUCUUAGAUGUAGUUGUGUUUCUACUCCUCUGACUUCAACCCACUUCUGAGACUUUUGGAAGCAUAGUUACUCCCUUGUGCCACUGGUAUCUUGUUCCCAGGCUUGUUCAAUGUUAACAUGUCUGCUAAAAUAACAUAUUGCCCUGAAUUAAUCCCUAAUAUAAUUUAAGUAUAUCCUAUUGUGUUAAAUUCAGAAAUUAAGCACGUUCUUGUAGGAGGAAAUUGCAUUUAGAUUUCAUUUCAAAUAGAUUCUGUGUAAAAGCCCAGAGAAUGGUACAGCAGUUCAGACCACUGUCACCACAAUGAUACACCGAAAUAGCUAUAUCUUCCUGUGGGAGCCUGUGAACACCAUGAAAUUGACUGAACUGAAACGCCUGAACUCUCACUCUCUAUCUUUUUUCUUUGUGUGUAGGAGAGGCAAUGUGUACCAAUCUGUCCUUUGUUAUGCUGGAGUCCAGACUCUCUUCUGUCAAUGUACAUAAAAUGUAGUAUUAAAUUGCAUACAAAAAAAGUAAUAUGGUAUUAUUAUGAUUUUUGGAAACAGUACUUAGUUUUUCAUACAUUACUUUGAUGCAAAUACCAUGUAGAAACCAUUGUAUAUUAACAUGGUAAACAUGAAAUAUAUGGUAACAACCUGGAACAUCAUUACUGUACCAUUGUACCACCACAGUACUUUUUGUAUGGUAUGAAACAGACAGCUACAUAAGACAAGAGGUGCUGACAAAGUUAUGUUUUUUGCCAUUUUUAGAACUUUUAUUAAAAUAUUUAGCAGCACUCCGUCUCAAAGCUUGAAUACGUAGAUGUCUAUGAGGACUGAUAGCAGUGGCAUGGUAGGAAGGAUGCGCGUUUACAAAAUUUCUGGGAGAAAGCCAGCACAAUUGACUACCAUCUCCAUGGCAACCUUGCCCACUGUCAACAACGCUCCAAUUACUGCUAUAGUGCACGGCAAGGGCACACACACACAGCCUGAUAAAUACAAACGUACAGUGAAGCAGAAGUAUUUGUGUGUAGUCAAACAUUCCAUACUGCUGAUUUAAUAACUUCAUAUCCUGUUAAACACUAACAUUAUUUAGAUCAGUGGUUCCCCAACCUGUCCUGGAGGCCCCCCUGCCCUGCGCCUUUUGUAGGUUUCCCUUUUCUAACACACCUGAUUCCACUCAUCAGCUCGUUAGUAGCGACUGCAAGAACUAAAUUGGGUAUGUCUGAUUAGGGAGACAUACAAAAUUUGCAGGGCAGAGGGUCCUCCAGGACAGGUUUGGGAACCACUGAUAUAGAUGAUUCAGUGGUAAAAUACAAUGUACUCAGACCUGUAAAUAUAAAAACUGCUGCCAUAUAGCUGUAGCUGGGGUUUGCGGGGCCCUGGUGCUGGUUGUACCCGUGGGCCCUGUUUGAAAUUGUGUAAUAGCACAAAAAAGUAAUGUUUAAGGUUUUUCAAGUUUGUAGGUGUCAAGGUACAGAAACUGAAUAACCAAAUGUAAAAUAUCAUUGCCUACCUAGUCUUCACUGU